UACCGAGCUGCUAGUCAGAUGUAAGCUAGCUCUGAUAUAAAUAAGACAAAGAAACCCUGUGAAGAGACUGCUUGAAAACGACUUUAAAGUUGCGUAGAGAGAAAUCAGCGGCUGUGGUACAAAGCUGCAUGUUUUAGUCGAUAUAUUUGGAAGAAUGGAUUUGAAAGAAUGAAAUCUGAAGAUGGCGCUAUGAAGGAUGCUGUGGUAACUUAGAUUAUUACCACCUUAACUGUAUUUUCUAACUAUUCAAAAGAGCUUUGAGGACGAGAGUGCUAGACUUAAGGCGGUGAUGUCACGGGUUCCCACCCCUCCCCCUCCAGGGGAGAUGUCCAGUGGACCUGUGGCAGAGAGCUGGUGUUACACACAGGUCAAAGUGGUAAAAUUUUCCUACAUGUGGACCAUAAACAACUUCAGUUUUUGUCGAGAAGAAAUGGGUGAAGUUUUGAAAAGCUCUACUUUCUCGUCUGGGCCCAAUGACAAGAUGAAAUGGUGUUUGCGAGUCAAUCCAAAGGGACUUGAUGAUGAAAGCAAAGACUAUCUGUCAUUGUAUUUACUUCUUGUUAGUUGUCCAAAAAGUGAAGUUAGAGCAAAAUUCAAAUUUUCUUUGUUGAACGCUAAAAGAGAAGAGACUAAAGCGAUGGAAAGCCAAAGAGCAUAUAGAUUUGUCCAAGGCAAAGACUGGGGGUUUAAAAAGUUCAUUCGAAGAGAUUUUCUUCUUGAUGAAGCCAAUGGACUCUUGCCAGACGACAAACUUACGCUGUUCUGUGAGGUGAGUGUUGUCCAGGACUCUGUGAACAUUUCGGGUCAGUCCAACAUGAACAUGCUGAAGGUGCCGGAGUGCCAGCUGUCUGAUGACCUGGGAAACCUGUGGGAGUGCUCCCGCUUCACCGACUGCAGCCUCUACGUCGGAGGGCAGGAGUUCAAGGCCCACAAGUCCAUCCUGGCAGCAAGGUCCCCCGUCUUCAAUGCAAUGUUUGAACAUGAAAUGGAGGAAAGUAAAAAGAAUCGUGUUGACAUUAGCGACGUGGACCCGGAAGUUUUCAAGGAGAUGAUGGGGUUCAUUUACACAGGAAAAGCCCCAAACCUGGAGAAAAUGGCCGACAACCUGCUGGCAGCUGCAGACAAAUACGCUCUGGAGCGUUUAAAGGUCAUGUGUGAAGAGGCCCUCUGUAACAGCCUCUCUGUGGAGAACGUGGCCGACACCCUCAUCCUCGCAGACUUGCACAGCGCAGAGCAGCUCAAAGCACAAGCCAUAGAUUUUAUCAACAGGUGCAGUGUCCUGAGACAACUGGGCUGUAAAGAUGGAAAGAACUGGAAUAGCAAUCAUGCUACAGACAUAAUGGAGACUGCCGGCUGGAAGUCAAUGAUCCAGUCCCACCCUCACUUGGUCGCUGAGGCUUUCCGAGCUUUGGCGUCCGCACAGUGCCCACCCUUUGGUCUUCCACGGAAACGCCUAAAACAGUCCUGACCGGCUGGGAUGUCUGUGGAGGUGUGAGUGUAGGGUUUACAGAGAAUGGACUCUCGAGGGCGCCACUCACUUCCACUAAACUGAACACACUUGAAUAGGACAGGAGAGUGGCGCUUACUGGCCCGGCAUGUGUGGAGGCUGGCACGUAGAAGAAGGACAACAGAAUGGAAAAACGUUAGACUCAGUGUUGCUGACUUGCUUUGCUGCCUCAGCUGAACCACUUUCAGCUCAUAUGGAAGCAAGGCAAGUGUCUGCUGCUGUUUUUUCCUGUGAUUUUGAUAAUGGCCUUAAUAUAUCUGCCAUUGCUCUGGAGCUGCUCUAGAGUACUUUGUCUUUACGCUGUGCCUGCCUUGUCACACAGACCAGGCCUCCUCCAGGUUGCACUAGUUCCCAUGAAUAGUCAUUUUGAUAUGGAGUUCUAUAGGAACGUAACAAAGGUUUAACUAAAUGGGAAAUAUUAUAUAUUUGUAAUGUUUAGCCCGUUUUGUGACUAGACAUUCAAGAGCAUGAACACUUUCAGUGCAAGGUCAGUUCUUUACACUUUUUAAAUAUGCGUAUGCCCCAUAUUGAUGGCACCAUUUCUAUGUAAAUGACAGCUGAAACAUCUUAAGACCAGUAAAUAAGAAAGUCUGCUCUUUGGCAUAGUUUCGAGGAAAGCGUUCUCUGCCAUUUCAAGACCCAGUGAUGUUAAAUGCACCGGUGUCUAUGGCCCGAUCAAAUGGUAACAUUGGAACAAGUAUAUGAAAAUAUUUAGUCAGUCUCCCAUUUGAAUAUCCAGAUCAUAUGUCUGUGAACUGUUUAGAGAAAAUCUUGAAUUUCUUUUCUUAGUAUUGCCAACUUGCAAAUAUUAUAUAUUCUCAAUAUAUUGUGGUUAACUAAAAGUGGCAAGACUAAUGCAUGGUCAUGUUAUUGUCAAAGAAAGUGUCCAAGUACCAAUUUUGUUUUAACAAUUUCUUGUCAGAAUUCUCUGAACUACUUAAUUGAAUUGAGUAUGUGCAAAACUCCUAACAUGCUUGGAUAUUUGUAGGAUGCUGAGCAUCAGUCUACUGGCGAUGUUGUUGUGUCUGAAUGGGGGUUGUCACGUUCUUCAGUCCGUCUUGUAUGUGGCGUGGUGUGACUGGCACUUCCAAGGAUUUUGUAAAAUACAGAGUAGCAUCAUUUUUACAUGAUCUUACUCACCAUGCAGUGUCAUGUUGAGACAUCUUUUGUUUUUUUUCAAAGCAAAAAAGAUGAAGUUGUUGUCUGCAAGAAUGCCCGCAUUAACCCAUUAAAACCUUUUCCAGCACCGAG